UCAGCUCGUCGAUUAGUCACGCGGAGGGCCGCAACUUUCAACGGCGCACAUUCUCUCCUGCUCUGUUGCGACUCGAGCGGUGUCUGCUGGUGGAGUCGGCCAGACGUUUCUGCUGUCCGCAAAGCACGGUGUGAUUUUCUCAGGAAUUCCUCCUCUAUUCCCCAGCCAUGAAAACUUGAAGAUCCGCUGUCAAGGAACGACGAUGGCUCUCAAGGAUCGCGAUGUGGUCAUGCUGUGCGUGGGAGUUAUGGUCGCCAUUUUCGGUAUCGGCGGCCUGCUCACCCUCAGCAAACUCUUCGAAGUCCUUGUCAUCGGGAGGCUCCCUUUGCUCCCGGGAAGCGAAACAUAUGAAGGCUGGAAGAAGAUAUCGUUCCCCAUUUAUCAGAAGUUCUACUAUUUCAAUGUGACGAACCCCGAGGCGGUUCUGAAGCGUGGAGAAACUCCGAAGCUGGUCGAAGUUGGACCCUACACAUGGAGAGGCGAAUGGGUCAAGGAGAACGUCGAAUGGAACCCGAACGGUACCUUACAAUACAGAGAGAAGAAAACGUACUGGUUCGACCGAGAACAUUCCGUCGGUGAUCAAGAUGAUAGGAUCGUGACAAUCAAUACUCCCCUUGUUGCUGCGAGCCAGAGAGUCAAAAACGCUUCACCUGUGAUGAAAUUAGCCAUUGCAAUCGUCGUGAAUGCUCUGAAUGAGAGUCUUUUCAUCCGUCGCUCGGUUAGACAGCUCACAUAUGAAGGGUAUCCCGAUGUUCUUGCGGAACUGUCGCACAUCAUGAAUAAGAAUAUCCCGGUCAAGAAAGGUCGUUUUGCUUACAUGUCGGGCAAAAACGACACAGAUGAGGGACUCUUCAAUGUCUUCAGUGGAUCGGAAAACAUCGAUCGCUUCAACCAGAUCGAUAGGUGGAAUGGCCGCCAAAAACUCCCCUGGUGGAAUCCCGACACGCCGUGCGCCGAUAUCAAAGGCACAAAUGGGGAGCUGAUCCAUCCGAUCAGGAAUGAAGACAGUCAUAUUUACUUUUUCAACCCCAACUUCUGCAAACCGUGGAAGCUGUCACGAGAUUCUCAGCCGGUUUCGAGUUAUGGAUUACCGCUGCAGCGUUUCGUGGCUGGGCCCGAAGUUCUCUACAACUCGAGCAAAAAUCCCGACCACGCUUGUUUCGAAACAAGCCGCUACAAACUGCCUUCGGGCGGUAUGGACAUUUCGCGGUGUCAGUUUGGAAUUCCUCUGGUGCUCUCAUACCCCCAUUUUUAUGCCGCGGACCCGGCUUAUCUCGAAGCGGUUGACGGCCUCUCGCCUGACAGAGCCAAGCAUCAGUUUUCCAUCGACAUAGAGCCGCGGAUGGGCAUAGCGUUGGGGCUGGCUGCGAGAGCACAGAUCAACAUCAAAUUGACCCGCGUCGACCUCCUCAGUGCUUUCCGGAAUAUUCCCGAGAUCGUUCUACCGAUUUUCUGGCAAGAAAUGGAUAUCUCGCAAACUCCCGAAUUCGCAAACCACCUGCAUGGACUCAUAGACCAGCCGUAUUUGUAUGCGACUCUGGCUUAUGCCUCCAUGAUCGCCUGUGGAGGUCUCGUGGCUCUGGGUACCCUCGUUCACAUUUUCCUUGUCUAUCUCCGCAACCUAAACCAAGCACCAGACCUGUCGAGAGAUAAGGAGGCAAAAUGUCAAGCUGACCUGGGUGGACCAGUUAUCGUGACAUCUCGCCAUAUUCCUCUCAUUAGAAAGAUGAGGAGCCUCUUUUGGUCCCGGAAAACAUGGAAGCGAACCCUCAAGAAGGAGCCGCACAGCAAGACUCUUGAUGGAGACAUGGCGCCCUCUGCUCCGUCAGCUGUCCUCAAUAAUUCUCCCAAGAACAAUAACAGUAUACAGUCGACGAGCUCUCCAUCAGCGUCUCCCGUCGCUGCCGCCGAUUACAGAGGCAGCGAAUGGAUCAAGAAUAUUUUCAUACCAGACCAAAGUAUGUCAACUAAGGUGAAUUGCAACGUGACGCUGAAGUGAAGGGGGGAGUUCAUGACACCCGAGGUCCGCCCGACUCGGUCUAUGAGGCUUCCCAUCUACAUAGAACUCUGCUUCGCUUCGUCCACUGCAGCGGAACCUUCCCGCAGCCAUUGUUCUCCUCGGACGUGAAUUGUGUGUUCCCUUAACCUGUCCCCGUUUUCCGUAUGUAUGUGACUUGAUGAUAACUUUAUACUGUGUACAUACAUCUUUAGAUAUUAUGUGAGUUAUCGUUCACGAAGUGCCACCACGGAUCGCGAGAAAUUUCUCCAAUGCUACUUAAUCGGUGACUUGUUGACCCGUCCCGCGAGAAUAACUGUGGACGCUAAGAGAUUUCCUAAACAGACGGAAAAUGAAAUUGCAUUCCCGAGAGUUAUGUCAUAUAUUGUAUUUUUGGUGCCAUCCAUUGAUUCUGUUGUCUUUUUAAUUGCCGAAAGAGAGACCCGAAGCAUUCUGUUUGUUCAGAGCGAUGUGAAAGAAGGGAACGAUUGUUGCAUUCUUCUCCGUGCGAGACCUAUUAUUCCGAAUCCAUGACGCUGUAACUUCUUUGUGAUAAGUAUCUUCAGGUGAGGUUCCGGCCUCAGACAAGGAGAUUCGAGGCAGGUGAAAUCAGAAUCAUGAUUUCGCAUUCGUCAUCCGAUAUUUCCAAGAAUAAAU